AUGUCAUUCUGUAGGAGAAAGGCAGACUAUUUUGCUAUCAGCAACUCUAACAAAGAUUCGUUAAAAAAUAUAGUAGAAGAGAAUCCCAAAAAUCAAAACAAACUCAAAGAGAAUAAUAUUAAAGAACAAGUUAUUGCCACCAAACAUAAUGAAAGCACUCAGAAUGAAUCUACAACAAGUCAAGAAGAAUCUGAACCAAGUCAAGAAGAAUCUGAUUCUGAAAGUAAACAUUUGGGAGCUUUAAAAAAGUUUACUGGAGUAGGCACCGCUAAAUUUACUGAAAAGGCUGCAGUUAGUGUAACUAAAAAUAACAAUAGCAAAGUAGCUACUGCAGAUGAAAGUGAUAGUGAUUCAGACUAUGAAUAUUUUAAAGUCCAAAAAGAAAUUGAAAGUAAUAAAACUGAACAAAAGCCAGAAGAAGAAGAAGUGCAAGCACCUAAGACAAAUAUGUUUGAGAGUGCCCUUAAAACAGCAAUAGUUGAAGAUGAACUUGUCUUGCCAGCAACAGUCAAUCAAAUUUUUGUUGUGAUCCCAAUGAAGUUAAGACUAGUUUCACUUUGUUCUCAAAUUGUCCAACACUGUAUAUUAAAUAAGAAGGGUGGUAAAAUGAUUGUCUUCAUGGCAACAUUGGAAAUGGUGGACUAUUUUUCUGAAUUAAUUGAAACAGUUUUAACUGGGAAAGAUGUAAAGGGAAAAAAAAGAAAAGAUAAUAAUAAAAAGAAGAAUUCAAAGGCUAAAACGAAUGACGACGAGGAUGAAUCUGAUUCAGGUUCUGAAUUUGAGAUGGAUUUUAACACCCCAGGCGAAGGUGGACUGGUCCCAGUAGAUCUAGAUGUGUUCAGCUUACACGGCUCAAUGCCGCAUGAGCAACGGAUGGAAGUUUUCAAACAGUUUCGAUUGGCCAAGAGAGGGUUGCUCAUUUGUACGGAUGUAGCGGCGAGGGGAUUGGAUGUGCCUCGCGUGGAUUUGGUGUUGCAGUUCUGUGCACCUGCUUCUGCAACUGAUUAUGUACACAGGGUUGGACGUACCGGGCGAGGCGCCCAAGUUGGAGCGGCCAUAUUGUUUCUGUUGCCCAGCGAAGGAGAGUUCGUGAGGCACUUGGAACAAAAGAGGAUAAGGUUACGUCAGUCAGACGAGUCCACGGUGUUGGAAGCUUUGCGUACCGUGGCCCCUGGAGCACCAACCAUGCAGCGAGCAGCUAUCGCGGUUCAGGCCUGGCUUGAACACAUCGCACACAGCUCCAAGGAGUGGCUUGCACGAGCCAGCAGAGCAUACACAUCUUGGGUUCGUUUCUACUCGGGUUACCCUCGGGACGUCCGCCAAUGGCUGGAUGCAAGGCAGCUGCACUUGGGGCACGCCGCUAAGGCUUUCGCGUUGAGGGAAACACCAGCGGCUCUAGCCAAACGGGCUAGGUCUGACCCCAAGCUAAAGAAAGAGAAACCCAGUAACAGGUUGAGCGUGAAAGAAGAUGAAGAGAAGAGAAGGCCUGGAUUCGCGAAUAUGAAGUCUAAAAUAUUUGGAAACAGACUGGUUAAUAAGCAAAGUUCCAUGCAUACUGCCAGCGAGUAUGACAGCGGGCUGCCGCCCCUGAAUACUUUUAAUAAUAAGAAGGCAUAACAGACAUCGAUACAGAAAAAAUUGUAAAUAAAACGAUUAUGUAAAUUAGA